UCUUACCUACCUCAUCAAAGCCAAAGAUCAUUAUUUCACCAUGGAAAUGGCUCCUUUAAACCAGAAGUUCCAUUUUUUCUCAAUUCUCUUCACCACUUUCUUCUACACCAAUGUUCUCUCAGACAACACUAUUGGAGUGUACCCUUUUCCUUGCUCUACUUCUCACCACACCCAGACCUGCAAUUCCUCUCUAUACCACAUCUCAAAAGGCCACCAAAUAGAAGAAAUAGCCACUUUUUACUCAGUAAACCCAUCCAACAUCAGGCCAAUUGUUCAUGACAACCAACACCCAAAAGACUAUCUUGUUUCUGUGCCUUGCACUUGUAAGGACAUCAAGGGCACCCAAGUUUACCUCUAUGAUACAAAUUACCUAGUUAAAGAAGGAGACACUGUUGGAAAUGUGGCAAGUGAAUUUUACAGUGGGCAGGCAGUGAAAAUUGGGGAAGAGGAGCAGCAAUUUACUGUGGAGAAAAUGACUACUUUUCACCUUGUUUGUGGGUGUGUAGAGAAAAAAUCACAGGAGGUUGUGACAUACACAGUUCAAGAUCAUGACACUUUAUCAGAUAUUGAAAAUCUUCUAUCUGCAUAUGAGAGUGAGAUUCAGAAAUUGAACAAAAACUUCACGAAGUCCCCUAAUUUUAUAGAUGUUGGAUGGGUUUUGUUUGUGCCAAUGGAGCUCAAUGGACUUCGAGCCCAACAGCAAGGGAAGAGACUCAGUUUGGCUGCAAUUAUAGGGAUAGUGUCAGCUGUUGGGUUUCUUUUGGUGGCCACAUUCACCAUAUUUCUUCUCAUAAGAUAUAGAAAAGGUAAGAACACAGAAGAAGAUGUGAACCCAAAUGGCAAAAAGGUUUCACUAAAGCAACAGUUUUCAAAAGAAACUUUUGAGAAUGAAAGGCCAGUUAUAUAUACGAUGGAGGAAAUCGAGCAGGCUACGAAUAACUUUGAUGACACCAGGAAGAUUGGACAGGGCGGAUAUGGCAGCGUUUAUUUCGGUCUAUUAGGAGAACUGGAGGUAGCAAUUAAGAAGAUGAGAUCUAGCAGAUCAAAGGAGUUCUUUGCUGAGCUCAAGGUUUUAUGCAAGAUCCAUCAUAACAAUGUGGUGGAGCUGCUGGGAUAUGCUAGCGGAAGUGAGCAUCUGUGUUUGGUAUAUGAGUUUGUUCGGAAUGGAUCCCUCAAUGAUCAUCUUCAUGAUCCAUUGCUGAAAGGAAACCAGCCUCUUUCUUGGACAGCAAGAGCACAAAUAGCGCUGGAUACUGCACGUGGGAUCGAGUACAUUCAUGAUCACACCAAGACGCGCUAUGUUCAUCGUGACAUAAAAACCAGCAACAUUCUGCUUGAUCAAGGACUCAGAGCAAAGGUAGCAGAUUUUGGCCUAGCAAGGUUGGUAGAACGGUCGAACGAAGAAGAUAUCAUAGCAACACGUGUGGUUGGAACGCCUGGUUACAUUCCUCCUGAAUCUGUGCGUGAGCUACAAAUGACAUCAAAAACUGAUGUUUAUGCAUUCGGGGUGGUGGUAGCAGAGCUUAUAACCGGUCAAAGUGCAAUUUUUCGUGACAACAGAGAACCGAAAAGAAUGAAGUCACUCAUCUCAGUUAUAUAUGCAAUUUUCAAAGAAGAAGAUCCAGAAGCUGCUUUGGAAGCUCAAAUAGAUGGUAACAUGAAGGGAAGUUACCCUAUGGAAGAAGUCUACAAGAUGGCGAAAAUAGCAUGGGAGUGUGUGAGUGAAGAUCCAGUAAAUAGACCGGAGAUGAAAGACAUUGUGCAAACACUCUCCCAAAUAUUGAUGUCCUCCAUAGAAUGGGAAGCAUCACUUGGAGGGAAGAGCCAGGUCUUCAGUGGCUUACUCAUGAGUGGAAGAUAA